AUGUCCCGAUUCUUCUCAUCCACGGCUCGAUCUUUGCUUCAAAUAAUAUGGAAAGGUACUCAACGCGUAACCAAAUAUGACGAGAUGGUUGAGAAAUCGGUUGAAAACAACUCGGAGCUCAAAGAUAGAGUAGCGACAGUUGAAAUUGCGGGCCAUGAGCAUCAAUCGUCCCAAGACCCCAAACUUCGCGUGUCAGGGAAGUUGCUGGAUAAAAAUGGAAUUCGCAUCACUUCGGCACAUUGGUAUCAUGACGGGAGGUCAAGUUUUCAAAGGAAGAGCUUAACGCUGUUGAUGAAGGAGCAUGAAUAUACUGGUCUAAUCUGCAAGACAUAUUUUCCUACAGGUUGUUGGCGACGUUCGAAUGCUGUUCCUGAUGUGAAUGUUGCAGGAAACAACCUUGGUGGGGCAUUAACCUGCAUAGCGAUGCUUCGACUAAAGGCACCCAUAACGUUCACGCGGAGAAUUUUCCAAUCUACUCCUUUCGCUGCGCCAGUGUCUGUGGCCGCGGGUCUCUCUGCGACAGAGCCUAUUGAGGAGGAACACACCCCUCAAUAUAACCCAAGCCAUUUCUAUCCUAUACGCUUAUACGAAGUCCUAAAUAAUAGAUAUCAAGUUGUCGCGAAACUCGGUUGGGGUACAAGUUCAACUGUGUGGCUGGCACAAGAUUUACAUCAUACCUUCACAGUGAAUGCCAUAUCAUCCACACUGGUAACUACAUCUCCAGCAACACGGAAAACGCAUUCUUACUGGAAUACAUGGACUGACGAUGCAAAAGAUCUCAAAUCUGAUAAUAUCUUAAUUGCGUUGAGGGACGAAUCUUUAUUGGAUAUCAUUGCACGCGAUGAAUUCGAACACCCUCUCCCUCAGAAGGUUCUGGAAGACCGGAUAAUCUAUCUAUCACGAAAUGGAUUCGGCCUGCAGACCAAAGGGAUAGGAAGACCAGUAAUUACUGAUUUUGGUCUUGCUUUAUGGGACUUGCUCGAAAAGGAUGGUGGCUUCGGGGCGCUUAGUCCGGGCAAAAUGGAAUAUACGAGUGAAAGGCAUCUGACGCAUAUGAUCGCACUAUUGGGACCACCGCCGGAAAGGCUUCUCGGCCAAGGUCGCGAGACUACAAAGUAUUUUGACCAUGAUGAUAAUGACCCUACACCUCACGCCGUAACUCCGAGGAACGCGUUGAACAAAAGCUCUUGCACAGGCCAGCAAUUCAAACAAAAACUCAAUGCCAGCGUUCAAUGA